UCUACAAUGAUUCCAAGAAGCUCGGACAUGCGGAAGAUGUCCAAUCGAGAGUCGCGUCGUGACUCGUCACGGCGUCGUUAUUCCUAUACCAACACACACAACAGACGGCGGAAUUCGUCAACGCCCUGCCACGACAACAUGGAGAGAGGAAGCAUGUCGUUCCGCGAACGUGACGAGCGCAGCGCCUCCCCUAAAGCCACUCGAUGCUCUUCACCAAACCUUAAGCUGCGCUACGCUCAGGCUUCUCGUUGCGCCUCUCGCAGCGCUUCCACAAACAAGAACUUUUCCAUCGCCUCUCCUAACGGCGACGUUACACCCUUCUGCGCCGCGACUCCCUCGUCGUCGACCGGCAGAUCGAUCGCAGACGCCCCUGAGAUCGACUUCACUGAUCGUACACAAGGCUCCCAAGUUGCGCCUCCUGUCAAACCCAAAGACUUUCGUGUUCCUCUCACUUGCUUCUUUUGGUACCAUACUGGAUCUUGCAAGAAACCUGACAACAAGUGCUUUUACGCACACUACCACACCGGCACCGUCGCAGAACCACCCAUCUCUUUCGGCGGCAAAGCCAUGGGCGGAACCCGAGCCAAGAGCAUGCUUGGUAGCAUCAACCAGCGCGAGGAAGAACUGAGCAUCCGCAGCGCAGAGAUCCACGAUGGCGAGCAGCGCAUCCUUGCUGCACAAGCCGAUCUGGAAGAGCGUCUGAAUGCAGUGGCUGCACGCGAACAGCGUGUCCAGCAGCGCGAAGAGGCUAUCCAACAGCAUGAGCAGGCAAUCCAGCAGCGUGAGCAAGCCCUCCAGGACCACGACCAAGCCAUCACCACCCGCGAACAAACCAACCACUCACGCGAAGAAGCCUUUGCCGCCUUCGAAGAAGGAAUGCUGCGCCAACUAGAAUCCAACUACACCACCAUCAUCUCCACCGUUGCUCAAAUGCGCAGAGCAGUCGGAAAUGCUCAAGGUAUUCUCACCAACCGUCGCCAGCAAGUGCGUUACCAUGAAAACUUUGGCAAUGGUGUGCAAGGUGCUCAUGGCCAGGGUAGAUAUGGUGGUUCUAUUGCCAUUGAUGGCGCGAUGGGUGCGCUUGGAGGAUUGGAUCAGAUGCUUGCGCAGGGUGAGAUCACUCUCCACGCUCAGAUCCACAAUGCUAUUCAACGCCAGUAG